AUGGCAUUAUUAGAUGGGAAAAUUGCAAUUGUUACGGGCGGAUCUAAAGGAAUCGGAAAGGCAAUAGCUCUAAGGUUUAGAUCUGAAGGCGCCUACGUCGUUGUUAACUAUUCACAUGACUCAGCUGCAGCUAAUGAGACAUUUAAGCUUCUUGGCGGUGAUAAGCAUAAUCUUCUUGUUCAAGCAGAUUUGAGUAAAGUGCUGGAGUGUAGAAAGCUAAUUGACAAAACGGUUGAAAAAUUUGGGAAAGUUGAUAUUUUAGUUAACAAUGCUGCUUACCUGGGCAAAACAUCUAUUAGCGACACAGAAGAAGAUGAGUUUAAUAAAUUUUUUGAUUUGAAUGUCAAAGGGUUAUUCUUCCUUACACAAUAUGCACUGCAUCAUAUGCAAAAAGCCUCAAAGAUUAUUAAUGUUUCGUCUUCAUUGACGGCAUCUUCGUAUGUAAGGCCCGACCAUUGUCUUUACGUGGCAACUAAAGGAGCCGUUGAGCAGAUUACACGUACUUGUUCUAAAGAAUUAGCUGCUAAGGGUAUUAGCACUAACGCAAUAUCACCAGGUCCCGUGGAAACAGAGUUAUUUUUAAAGUUAAAUAGCAAAGAAACAGUAGAUUUAUUUAAGGAGAUUUGUCCUUUCAAAAGAAUUGGUACUCCAGAAGAAAUUGCGUCUUUAGCUUUGUUCCUUUCAUCGUCAGAUUCUAGUUGGGUGAAUGGACAAAUUAUUAGGGCUAACGGUGGAUAUGUAGCCUGA